AUGGCCCACAACUCUUUGAAGCGUCCGUCCUUUGGCGACAUUGUCCCUCUGGGGGCUCUCUACGAUGCCAGGACUGACUCCUUCCUCUCGGACCAACUUCUACAGAGCUUUCCACCCCCGGCAUCCAUUCUCGUCACAGACAAGGCUUCAAUUACAGUGCAACUCUCCGAGAGCCAUACAUAUUAUGAUAAGCUGGCUCUGCUUGGAGCCAGUCCAGACCUGGGAGCCAGUUUGCUAACCGGACUCAAUGCAUCCAAGGCUUCAGCAUGUUUCCUGACAGAGGAUCAAGGAGCAGAAAGUAAUCUUGCAGUGGCUCUGUCCCUCAGGCACUGUGUGACCACUGUUCACGAAAAGCUCAACUUUGGUGCCAAUGAAGUAAAGGCCUCAAUCAACUUAUCAUGUCUCCAGCAGUCGCAGGCCACCCAUGUCGUCGCUGAAAUCACAUAUGGCUUCCAGAACAUAGUCACCUCCUCAUGUAUCAGAAACCCUUCUCAGCCUGGACAUGAGAUUAGACAAUAUUUGCACAACCAUCUAGCUGCCAUGGAAGAUGGUAUCCUGCGAGGCCAGGUUACUGACCCGGGCUCGACACCUGACAGAAAACCUACUGAUUCUAUCAGCGUCCUGCUGUACUCUGACCAAGUUGCAUCAACAAAGGCACAUCCUACCGACUUUCGAAGCGCAAAGGAUUUCUUGUUGAAUUCUCGUGACCAUGCCGCAAAGUUCAAUGGCGGCAAAGGUAUCCCUCUCACAUACACGUUACUCCCAGUAGAGUGGCUAUCAUUCAUUGCAUCGAUCGAAUUACCAUCGACAUCACAGUGGGUGCAACCUGAUGCGGACUACUUGGCCGACUUCUUCGGCCUCCUCGAGGACAAUAUCCAAGUACGAAAGAGGCUGCAAGAUUACUGGUCAUAUCUGGGCAGACACAAGCAUCUUGUCCCACCGCAACAUUUGGACGAAGUUACUGCUCAGCUCAACCGAGCAGUCGCAGUCACGAAGGAGAUCAAGACCCAGUACGGCCAGCUAUUGUACGCAGUCCGCUCCGGAAAGACACCAGCCAAGCAGCUAUCAGGCCUAAUCGACUCGUUCCGGAACGGAGGUUCUUCUCCAACAAGUUUGCUGUCCGUCGUCGACGUGUAUACGCGGAAGCUGGCAUUUAUUGACCUAAUGACGUCUAAGGGCGCCGUAUACUUUCGUGAUGGACAGCCACUAGAUCUUCCCAAGGGCAAUGUGUACACUCUUUACUUCACUCGAACUUGUAUGGCAGACACACAGCUGUGGAAUGAGAAUUCAGGCCUGCUUGAACAGCUGCUGGACGACAAUUCAAGCAAGAAGACGAUUCGAAUGGUCGACUGUGACGACUCAUCGCGCAAGAUUCAGAACGUGACGGUCAGAUAUCACCGAGAUCGUCAGUUGAUCACUGGUGACCUGCGCAGGCUGCGCCAAUUCCUCAACGACAAGUGUCUGAUGCGUUUUGACGAUCGUCACCUUGAUUCGUGGGGAGUCAAGAAGCCGUUGGAAAGAAAGCCGAUGAGGUUGCCGUGCCCAGCGUUAACUUGCGAUCCCCAAGCCGCGUGCAGUUGGAUCUGCUCUCGAUGCUACUCUCCAAUCGACUAUGGGUUCCAGGACGGGUAUAUGUACUGCGACUGUGGACGCACUCAAACACGAUACUGGGCUUACAGGUGUAAUGCCACUCAUCAUGGAUCUGACUUUAUGCGAUACGACAACCGCCAUCUGAGCCACUUGUUGAAGGGUCUUGAACCUUUCGAGGAGCUCAACAUCCUGAUCUUGGGUGAGACGGGGGUUGGGAAAAGUACCUUUGUCAAUGCUUUUGUCAACUAUUUAGCCCAUGAAUCUUUGGAUGAGGCGAUUCAAGCCACUGACAUUGAGCAUGUCAUUCCUUGCUCCUUUGCAACUCAGACUAUUGACGAGACCGACUCACAAAAGAAACUUGUCCAAACUCAGAUCAAAAUUGGGUCCGCAAAUGAUGAAGAGUUUGAUGGCUCCAAAGGCCAGUCCGCCACGCAAAAGACGCUGACUUAUCCAAUCUUUGUCGGAUCAACCAUGAUUCGUCUCAUCGACACUCCAGGGAUCGGCGACACUCGAGGGGUGGAGCAAGACCGGAGGAACAUGGCAGAUGUUCUGUCGGUUCUUCGAAAUUACAAGGAGCUUCACGGAAUUCUGGUAUUGUUGAAGCCAAACAACUCUCGUCUGAACGUCAUGUUCAAAUUCUGCAUCAAAGAGCUGCUCACUCACCUACACCGAAACGCUGCCCAGAAUAUGGUCUUCGGAUUCACCAAUACUCGUGGUUCCAACUACAACCCAGGCGACACUUUCAAACCACUCGAGGCGCUAUUAAGUGAAUACAAAGAUGUCAAACUAGGAUUGUUCCAUGACACGGUAUACUGCUUUGAUUCGGAGAGUUUUCGCUACCUCGCGGCUCACAAGCAAGGCGUGAACCUUGGCAGCUUCGAUGACUAUGUCCGCAGUUGGGAGCAGUCGGCGACCGAGUCUCGGCGGCUUCUUCAACACUUCCGAGGGUUGGAACCUCAUCAGGUCAAGAAUACCUUGAGCUUGAAUGAGACUCGCCACAUGAUUCUUCAAUUGACCAAGCCAAUGGCGGAGAUUGCGCAGAAGAUCCAAGACACCAUUUCUCUGAAUGAGCGAGACGCGGAACUUUUGCGCAACAGCAAAUUGAGUAAGGUUGACAUGCUUCAAAAGUUGACAAUACAGCAGUCGUCUGUUGUUUUCACACCAGUGCAACGACCAAAAACAGUGUGCAGCAAUGCCAAAUGUAUUGAGAAGGUGGACACUCUAGGGCCAAAUGGGGAAGACACCAUUCACACGAGCCUGUGUCAUGAUCCAUGUUGUUUGACGAAUGUUCCUGUUGAGAAGGUGGGGACACCCGAGUUGAUCGAGUGUUUUGCGUUCAAUCAUACACCAAAUUGUCUGAAAUGUGGCCACCAUUGGACCGAGCACAAGCACAUUCUGUACGAACACAAAGGGACGACGAGAACGAUCAAAGACCCCAAGGUAGAGAUGCUGCUCAAGGACAACGCGCAGGUGACGACAGUGAUCGAAGCUGCGAUCAAAAGUAAAGAAGCCAUGAUUGCCGAGUUCAAAUAUGAACACAGGGAGAUCCAGAAAGCAGCAGUCCAGUUCAGUCUUUGGUUGAAGCGACAUUCAAUCACCCCUUACAAUGAUGCCACACUGGAAUACCUUGAUCAUCUCAUCAAAGAAGAGACGUCCAGAGUGCAGGUUGGGGGGAAUAGAGCUCGUCUGGAUGCCUUUGAACAGUAUCGCCGUGAGUACCAGGAAUUGGUGAAGGUGUUCCAAGCGAACAUUGGGCGAGGAUCAGCUGAGGAGUCGAUGGACGCCGAAGGAGUCGACAAGCUCAUCAAGCAGCUAUACUCGCUCAAGCACUACGGACAGGACCUUCGCAAGCUGAGAGAUGUGGUGGUCAUCGCACAUGCCGCAACAUAUCGAGAACGUCCUUAUCGUGUGAGAUGGAACCGAGGAUACGCCAUAGGGUAUGAAAGCAUGGAGCCUGGAUCUUAUGAGCCGAUCAGAAUUUCCAAGACCUGGGAACGGCCACGAAACCCAUUUGGAUUUCUAGACAGAUCCAGGCAUAGCAGACAUCAGUCAAGUGGGGCAAGAGAUCCACACAUCGACCCCUAUAACGAGAAGGCAGGAUAUAACGAGAAAUCAGUGUACGGGGAAGAGGUUAACGAGAAGGGAGAGCUUCAGCCGGAGAUGUCGAGCCCAGGGCAAACAAUAACUUCCGCCAUGGCCCCUCCAUCAUAUUUUGAGGCUGCAAUUUCGCCCCAACAUUCAGGGAUUGGUUUACAUGGAAGACGGUUGGGAUCUCGAUCAUUGAGCAGUAAGUUGUCGAGCAAACUUUCGCUGCUUUUCAAGUAA